GGAUUAGGCCGGUCACUCAGUGCUUCACGAGUCCUGAAGCACGCCAGGCCUUCAUCGCGAACACUGUCUUCGACCGUGGAUAUGACGUCGCCCCGGACGUACAGGACCCCUUCAACCGGUACCACCUCAUCCAGACGCAGCGCGAUGCGGAUGCGCUGUACAAGUCGCAGUUCCAGGUCUGCGCGCAGACGAUGGGUGACGGUCUCCGGUACAUGGGCACGAGCACGGUCGUGCGCGACAUCGACUUCAUCACGAAGUUGUUGGACGGCGAGGACGCGCUCAUCAACUUCUGGGGCUUAUCUUACGGGUCGGCGAUUGGACAGUACAUGGUGAACAUGUUGCCCGACCGGGUCGGCCGCAUUGUCAUCGACGGUGUUCUGGAUGCGGUAUCGUGGACAUCUGUGCCGUCGUACAAGUGGGAGCGCACCUUCUUGGUCAACACAGAUGAUGUUUACAAGUUGUUCAUGUCUGAGUGCGCCCAGGCGGGACCCUCGCAGUGCGCUUUGGCAAAGAGCGCCAACGAAACGGGAUCAGACAUCCUCGCACGUGUAGAGAAUUUCGUGAACCAGCUGUACUGGUCGCCUCUCGCUGUUCCGAAUGCGACCGCGCCUGGAAUCUUGACGAGCGGUCGCGCACGACUCUUCCUCAUGGGCGCGCUCAUCUCUCCCACCUCCUGGCCGCAAGCAGCGGAAAUCAUCGCUCAAGCCAUUGCUGGUAACGGCACCGCGAUCCUGGACGCCGUGAAUACUAAGGACCUCGUCGAUCUCGAGCGCUCCGCAGUGUCCUGCAACGACAACAAGCCGUUCAAGGCGCCAACUCCCGCGGAGGUCAUCGACGAGCAGCUGUACGAUCAGGCGCACGUCUCGCGCUUCUCAUUGACGGUCGUGAUCUCCGAGCCGGACGCUGGAUGUCAGUUCUGGCCGGUGACGCCCCCGGAGCGGUUCCUGGGCCCAUGGAACCAGACGUUGAAAAACCCCAUGCUCAUCAUCAGCAACACGCUCGACCCCGCGACGCCCCUCAGGAGCGGACGUCUCGCGCUCGAACGGCAAGGUAAUGAUUCCGCGCGCCUGCUUGUUCAGAACGGCCCAGGGCACACGUCCCUCGCGCUGCCGUCGCUCUGUACCGCCCAAGUCCUGCGCGCGUACUUCGCGAACGGGACGCUGCCUGCGGAGGGGACCGUAUGUCAAGUGGACGCCUCGCCCUUCCCCACGGAAACGGACAGCACUGCCAAGGUCCUCAGCAUCGACACUUCCGGGCACCAGAAUACAUUGGACAGCAUGCAUCGUCUGCGGAAGGCCAUCUUCGGUUGAGAGAGUGCUGUGCUGGAUAUGAGGAUAUACGGACUUCUGUUGUCGCGCUUCGGACUAUCACGCCUCUACUUUAUUUUCGCGAGCUGUAUAUUAUGAUCUACUUCCAAUUGAGCACC